AAUAGACCUAAAAGAAGAAUCAAUUCGCAGAGCAAGAAAGAAGUCCAACUUUCUUUCAAUUCUACUACUCAAAACCCUCUUCUUUUUUAUUUCUGAAUGCUUGUUUGAAAAUGGUUUGGUUUUGGGUACUUGUUUUAUUCACUGCGAAUUUAAAGUUGGGUUUGGCUCACAUCCAUGGAGGAGAGCAACCGUUGGCUAAAAUCAAUAUCCUCCAAACAACAGUCGCCCUUCACGAAUCCGCUUCUAUUUCAGCUGAACCUGUUCUUCUUGGUUUGAAGGGGGAGGAUACUGAAUGGAUAACUGUGAAUUUCGUUAAUCCGAAGCCGUCUUUGGAUGACUGGGUUGGAGUCUUUUCCCCGGCAAAGUUCGACCCAUCGGCCUGUCCGCCGGUGAAUGAACGGAAAAAACAGCUUCCAUAUAUAUGUUCAGCUCCGAUAAAGUACAAGUAUGCAAAUGAGUCCUGCUCAUCUUAUGCAAAGACAGGCACUGCUUCACUGAGGUUCCAGCUUAUAAAUCAGCGAGCAGAUUUCUCCUUUGCUUUAUUUUCGGGUGGAUUAUCAGAUCCAAUAUUGGUGGCUAUAUCAAAUCCAAUAUCUUUUACAAAUCCUAAAGCACCCUUGUAUCCACGCCUUGCUCAAGGGAAGUCUUGGAAUGAAAUGACUGUAACCUGGACAAGUGGCUAUGACAUAGAUGAAGCAGUGCCGUUUGUUGAGUGGGGUAGAAAAGGAGAUUUGCAAGUUAGAUCUCCUGCAGGAACUUUGACAUUUAAACAGAACAGCAUGUGUGGUUCACCCGCAAGUACAGUUGGCUGGCGGGAUCCAGGUUUCAUACAUACAAGUUUCUUGAAAGAUUUAUGGCCGAACUUCGUAUACAUGUACAGGAUAGGUCAUCUCUUGUAUAAUGGUUCAGUCGUAUGGAGCAAGACAUAUUCGUUUAAAUCAUCCCCGUAUCCUGGACAAAACUCAUUACAGAGAGUCGUUAUAUUCGGCGAUAUGGGGAAGGCGGAGCGUGAUGGUUCAAAUGAGUACAGUGAUUAUCAGCCUGGUUCACUCAAUACUACUGACCAACUGAUAAGGGACUUGGACAACAUUGACAUAGUUUUCCACAUAGGAGACUUGACCUAUUCGAAUGGAUACAUUUCACAGUGGGACCAAUUUACAGCACAGGUGGAGCCUAUAGCGUCAACUGUUCCCUACAUGAUUGCAAGUGGUAAUCAUGAACGUGAUUGGCCAAACUCAGGAUCGUUCUAUGAUACUCCGGAUUCAGGUGGUGAAUGUGGUGUGCCAGCAGAAACCAUGUUUUAUUAUCCUGCUGAGAACAAGGCAAAGUUUUGGUACUCUACAGAUUAUGGCCUAUUUCACUUCUGCAUAGCUGACAGUGAACACGACUGGAGAGAAGGAUCAGAACAGUACGGGUUUAUUGAGCAAUGCCUUGCAUCGGUAGAUAGACAUAGGCAGCCUUGGUUGAUCUUUUCCGCUCAUCGUGUCCUUGGAUAUUCAUCUAAUGACUGGUACAGCCAGGAGGGCGCAUAUGAAGAGCCUAUGGGAAGGGAUGGUUUGCAGAAACUUUGGCAGAAGUACAAGGUUGACAUUGCCUUCUACGGCCAUGUCCAUAACUAUGAAAGAUCAUGCCCAAUCUACCAGAAUCAAUGUGUGAACAAAGAAAAAAAUCAUUACUCAGGCACUGUGAACGGAACAAUCCACGUCGUUGUAGGUGGAGCAGGGAGCCAUCUUUCGAAAUUCAGCCAACUCAUCCCAUAUUGGAGUAUUUAUAGAGAUUAUGACUUUGGAUUUGUGAAGCUAACAGCAUUUAACCAGUCAUCCCUGCUAUUUGAGUAUAAGAAAAGCCGUGAUGGGAAGGUUUAUGAUUCCUUCACUAUUUCAAGGGACUAUAAAGAUGUCCUGGCUUGUGUUCAUGAUGGCUGUGAACCUACAACAUUGGCAUCUUGAUCAAAUAUCAUUAGGGGAAGUGUAUGUUGUUAGUGGAAUGAUUUAGGAGAGUUUGGAGUUAAAAAAGAUUGUAUUGGAGGUUUAAAUAGUGUGACCUCCUCCAGUUAUUGGUUCAAUUUAUUGGACUGGUUGAAUCUAAAAUAUAAAUUAAAUUUUUGUUACUAAGAACAUUUUUAACAUUCAAA